AUGCCAUCCGAACAGAGCAGCGUCUCGAAUCCAAACCCCGCAGCUGCCGUCGCAGCAUCGCUGCACGAUGGCAAGGUCCACCUGCUAUUGGCAGCCAGCGGCUCCGUGGCCACGAUAAAGCUGCCCCUCAUCAUCAGCGCCUUCUCCAAAUACCCCCACGUCUCCAUCCGCGUGAUCCUGACGCACAACGCGGCCCGGUUCCUCGCCGGCCAGUCCGCGGAGCAGCCGACGGUGGCAUCGCUGUCGGACCUGCCCAACGUCGACGGCGUCUACUUUGACGAGGACGAGUGGGAUCCCUCCUGGACGAGGGGCGCGCACAUCCUCCACAUCGAGCUGCGGCGCUGGGCGCACCUGCUCGCCAUCGCGCCCGUGUCGGCGAACCUGCUGGCCAAGAUCACGAGCGGCAUAUGCGACAACCUGCUGACCUCCACCCUGAGGGCGUGGGACGUCGACGGCACGAUCGACGGCCGCAAGAAGAGGGUGCUCGUGGCGCCGGCGAUGAACACGGCGAUGUGGCUCCAUCCGCUGACGGGGAAGCAAAUCCGCAUCCUGGAGGAGGACUGGGGCGUCAAGCCCGACGGCACCGGGUGGUUCGAGGUGCUCAGGCCGAUGGAAAAGACCCUUGCCUGCGGAGAUUCGGGGGUUGGUGGCAUGAUGGCUUGGCAGGAGAUUGUCAAAGUAUUAGAAUUCAGGCUCGGUCUCGUUGAUUAG